GGCGGAGCGGCGGUGGCAGCGGCAGCAGCAGCAGCAGGAGCAGCAGCAGCAUGGCAGCGCGGCGGGCGUGAGCGCCGGCCCCGGCACCCGGCACCCGGCCCGCAGGUGUGAAGACACGAGAGAGAGUUUGUUGGGAAAGCAUGGAGGAACAUCUGCAAGGAGCUUUGGCACCUCUGCUGUUGCAUAGUGUGGCCUGGAGAGGAGGGAAUGUCCUCUGCUGUUAAAGUGUGGUGAAAUUGCCAGGGCAGCUAAAGGAAAUAAAUCUGAGCUGGUCCCACAUGGCAUCAGUAGCCCCAAGUUCCCUGUGGGCUGCAGCGGCCAACAUGGAUUUUCUCUUCAUCUGCCCCUUUCUGCUGGCAUUGCUGCUGUCCCAGGGCAGCUUCACAGACCUGGAGAAACAGAGAGCUGACUCUGGCUUGGAAAUCUAUAAGAAGCUGUUUGAGGUGAAGCGCAAGGACCAGAUGAAUGCUCUGAAGAACUUGAUUGAGCUCAAUGACAUCAACCAGCAGUACAAAAUCAUUGACAUCAUGCUCAAGGGACUCUUCAAAGUGCUGGAGGACUCCCGUGCUGUGCUCAUUGCUGCUGAUGUGCCUCCUGAUGGGCCCUUCCCUCAGGAUGAGAAGAUAAAGGAUGCAUACUCCCAUGUGGUGGAGAACACUGCCUUCUUCGGGGACGUCGUCCUGCGCUUCCCCAAGAUCGUGCACCACUACUUUGACCGCAACUCCAACUGGAACAGCCUCAUCCGCUGGGGCAUCGGCUUCUGCAACUUGACGGGUGUGUUCGAGCAGGGACCCCACUCCCAGGUCCUGCGGCUGAUGGCUCAGGAGCUAGGAAUCAGUGAGAAAUCACCCGAUUACCGCAAUCCCUUUAAAACGGACCAGUCAGAGUUUUUCCCCAGUGCUGACACCUUUCAGAAGGCGCUGCGGGAUGAGGAGAAGAGGAGGAAGAAGGAAGAGAAGCGGAAGGAGAUCCGCAAGGGCCCACGCAUCUCCCGCUCACAGUCAGAGCUGUAGCACAAUGGGACUGGUGCCUUGCAGUGGGGGUGACACCACUGGGACACAGAGCGGCUUGCUCCCUUCUCGGCAGCCUUGGGCUGAUGCCUGGCCGUUCCCUUUCCAUUUGUGCCGUGGGUUUUGUUUUGUUGCCUUUCAUUUUUAUUCAGUGGAGGUUGGGUGGUGGUGCUGGUGGGUUGCCCCAAAGGGGCUAAAAUGGGAUACCCCUUUCCACAGAGGUAAAGCACAGAUGGGACAGCACCGGGGCCAUCCCCCGGUCAGGGUGUUGCUGCCUGUGGGGAAAUAGGGGGUGGGGGCCACGCCUCUGGUGGAGCCCAGGGAUCCCUCCUCACUGCAGCACACCCCACGCUGAAUGUACCUUCUCCAACACGGGUGGGCUGGGGAGUGCAUCACACCAAACAGCCUCAUGAGAAAUGCUGCUUCUCUCAGUUUUG